AUGCCGGUGUUGUCACAUUGUUAUACUCCUACAUAUCGGCAGGAGGACGCAACGAAUGAGUUAAUCCGGACCUUCGAGACAAGGGAUGACGACGUCUUCGUGUGCACGUUCUGCAAGUCGGGCACGACCUGGGUGCAGCAAAUCAUCACGCUUCUGCUCAACGGGGGUGUCCAGGGCGAGAAGACUUACAGCGAGACCGUUCCGUGGUUGGAGUGGCUCACGUUCAAGUUUGCCGAGAACGACGGACCAGCCGUCCGAUACAAAGAGGCCCAGAACUGGACUCUCGACAAGCUAAAAUCGACCCCGAACAGGCGCUUCAUGAAGUCACACGCCAACCUCACAGACCUUCCCGUGGGGUCGGCUAUGGGGCUCAAGGUGAUCUACGUCGCACGCAACCCUAAGGACGUGGUGGUUAGCCUCUACCACCAUAUCAAAAACAAGUGCCCGCACACGUUCAGUGGGGAUAUGUCGGACAUGAUCCGUUGCUUCGUCCAGGGCAGAGAGAUGAACGGUCCGUGGUUCGACCACGUCUUAGAGUGGUGGGAGGCGGCCAACGCCGAUCCCGAGCACAUCCUGUUCUUGCACUACGAGGCCAUGCUGGCAGAGCCACAGGAGCACAUCCGGAAGAUCGCCGACUUCGCUGGCAUCAAGCAUACGCCAGAUAUCCUUGCUAAGGCCAACAUAUACAACUCCAAGAAGCACCUCCGCAAAGGAGGAGCGGGCGGGUGGCGAGACGCGUUUACCAAGGUGGAGUCGGAGGCGUUCGACCGGAUUUAUGAAGAACAAAUGGAGGGGUCAGGUCUGCAAAUGGAUUUCGGAGACGGGCUGAUCAAAUGA